AUGUGUAUCUUCAUGCAUAUCAAAUUUCAGCCUCCUAGGAUAAGUGGACACCCCAAUAUCCUGCCCCACCACCUGCCCUCACUCCUCAGACCAAUACCUGCCCCACCACCUGCCCUCACUCACAUAGACCCCCCAACGCACUGCCUCACUCACGCAGAACCCAAUAACCUGCCCAACUGCCUCACUCUCAGACCCAAUAACUGCCACAACAUUUGCUUCACUCGCCAGACCCCAAUAACCUGCCCCAACCACCUGCCCUCACUCGCAGACCCCAAUAACGCUGCCCCAACCAUCUGCCUUCACUCACCAGACCCAGUAACCUGCCCCCACACCUGCCCUCAACUCGACCCCAGAAACCUGCCCCAACCACCUGCCCACACUCGUCAGACCCCAAUAACCUGCCCCACCAUCUGCUCUCACACUCAGACCCCAGUAACCUGCCCCACAAUCUCCUCUCACUUAUCAGCCCCAAUAACCUGCCCAACACCUGCCCUCACUCGUCAGACCCCCAAUAACCUGCCCCACCAUCUGCUCUCACACCUCAGACCCCAACCGCCAAUAACCUGCCCUACCACCUGCCGCCACUCGACUGACCCCAAUAACCUGCCCCACCACCUGCCUCACUCGCCAGACGCCAUAACUCUUCCCGACCACCUGCUUCACAUCGCCAAGACCCCAGAUAACCGCUGCGCCACACAUCUGCUCUCACUCACCGCCAAUAACCUGGCCCACGCACACAGUGCUGCCUUCAACUCCUCAGGAUCCCCAAAUAACCUGCCCCAGCUGCACCUGCCGCUCCACUCAAUCAGACCCCAAUUUAACAAUCCCCGCAACCAUCUGCCGACCAAUAACCUGCCCCAACCAUCUGUACCUCACUCGUCAGACCCGCAAUCACCUGCCCCACCAUUACCUUCACUCGCCCAGAGCCGCCGCAAUAAACCGUGCGGCCAACCAUCUGUCUCACUCGCCAGACCGCCCAUAACUUGCCCAACCAUCUUUCGCUCACUCGUGCAGACCGCCAAUAACCUGGCCCGGUCCACCAUCUGUCUCAUCGUCAGACCCGCAAUAUACCACUGCCCCAACAACCUGCCCUCACUCGCCAGAACCCCAAUAAGCCCGCCCAAACGCAUCCUGCCCUCCACGUCGCCAGACCCCAAUAACCUGCCCAACCAUCUGCCCGUUCACUCGCACCAAACCCCAAUAACCUGCCCCAUCAACCUGGCUUUCACUCAUGCAGACCCACCCAAUAACCCCCUGCCCCGCACCAAUUGCCCUCACUCCUCAGACCCACUAACUGCCCCACCACCUUGCCUCUCACUUCGUCAGACCCCAAUAACCUGCCCCCCACCCCACCUGCCUCAACUCGUUCAGAGCACGACCAAUAACCUGCCGCCCACCAGCCUGCCCUCACUCCUGCAGACGCCCAAUACUGCCCCAACCACCUGCCCUCACUCCUCAGACGCCCAAUAA